UAUCAAAAUCUGGAGGAAGAAACAACAUGAUCAUAGAACUGAUGGUGAUGACACCAUUUCUGAAGCCACAUUUUUACAUGAUGUAAUUGAUAAAAUAAUGUUCUGCUGUAUCCAAGAUGUAGAUGAAAAGGUCCAUCUAAGAUGGGAAGAUCAGGCAGAAGAUGGCAACAUUAAUUAUGAGUCGCAUUUGAAUCAUAGUAAAAAAGUGCCAGUUGGUACCAUUAAAGGAAUUUCCAAUUAUUUUACUUUCAUGUGGUCAUCUGGUGACAAAAAACUUCUGAAAAAUAAUAAUAUUAAUCAACCAAAUGUUACAGUCAUUAAUCAAACAACACCUCAAUCAGAAUGGAAAAUAUUUGUUCCUUCAGAAGUUGAUCCAUUAAUUCAAAAAUUGUUUGUUCCUGAAGUAAGGUUGAAGCUUCAAGAGAAAAAGUUGGAUUUCACUGGAAAUAAAUUAUACAGUUAUCCUGUUUCAGACAAUAAUUCUCUGUUGCUAAAUAAUAUGAAUUUGAAAAACCUCUUGGAUGAAAAAUUGGAACCUGGAUUUGCUCUAAAGAGUAUGGGAAGAAAGGUGGAUAUGUUAAAAGAACUUCAAAGACUUGUUGAAACUGACAAAUUAGAAGCUGAAAAUAAUCCUUCUCUUCAACAUCACAAAAGACAGGCAGUUGAAAAUAUAUCAUCUAAUUAA